CUCAGUGAAGACGACGACGAGACGAGAAGCUCAUAAGGACUAAGUACAUAGACGGGGAAAGCAUUGGGGGACGGCAAGAGGACUGCCGCAUCGAAGCAAUGUUCUAUGAAGCAUAACCUGGACGAACACCUCGCGUGGAUCAGACGCGAACGACCCUACAGCAUCCCAUCUGUCCAGCCAGCAUCGCGGCACGCAGCGACUUACCCGAUUAUCGACGCGUCGACAAAGCUCGAAGCGCACUUUGGUCCAGUCAUGCCGAAGCUACUCUCUGCGCGUAUGAAGAGCACUCCAGAAGUGCAGUCUUUCUCUGCUUCUGGUACGGUCUCCUCAUCCGCAUCAAGUGCAGGAAAUAGGCAGCGAAAUGUCCAGCAACAAGCUGUGCCUGCGACGUACAUCACGCCGUCCGUCUCAGCAAUUGUGCCAAAUCAGCGGCAGACAGUCAACCUCGACUCGCCUGACGCGCCGGCUACGGCUGCCAUCACCAUCCCUGCAGUGAUACAAGCAAUGUCUGCUGCUAAGCGCGGACCUAGCUCGCCUCACAAGCCAAAAUCUCCUGCGAAGCGUCUCACUUUGCACGUACCAGACAGUGAUGCCGAGGAUGAAGACUUGAGGCUAGAUGACGACGCAGAUUAUCUUGCCUUUAUGGAAGGAGAAGCACAAAAAGAUAUCGAGCUGCCUGAGGAAGAACCGCCCAGCUAUGACGAGGAAGACAUCCCGGUUCUUGCACCAGUCUCUGCACCACAGAUCUUGGCAGCUUCAAAAGUUAGAGCACAAACGAAUACGCCAGUACCGCAGGUCAUCCCAGUACAGACCCCAGUCUUGUCAUCUACACCCUCCAUCAUUGUCUCUGCAGCUUCAGCCGAACAAGAAGCCGCCCUUGCCUCUCUCGGUACAGAGAUCCUUGAAUGCUGCAUGGAUCCUGCACGUGGUCAACACUGCGCAGAUGCACAACGUCUCAUUGAGAAACGUCGCCAGAUUCAACUCACUGUCCAUCAACAACGCAUCAAGCAACUCGAGGAAGCCAUGGUUGCGUGUUGUAUGCGUGGCGAAGCAGUUGCUGGGGCUCUUGUCGCCGAAUGUGCAGCCUUACGCGAACAGGUACAACAGCUACAAGCUCAGUCUGCUCUGUCUAUCUCUUCAGCAGUCUCUGCCCCGGCCGCCCUCAAUCCGGUGGCCAGUUCACGAUUGAAUCAGCUACCGCAUAUGCGUGCCUCUUCCCCACUCGCCCAAACAGUCCGCACUGAACCUGCAAAGUUGGCUCGUCAACUUUUUCCUCAACCGACUGAGGUGGAAUCAGAGAUCAUUGCGAUUGACAGUGAUCAAGAGAGCUUUGAUCGCAACAUGCACGGUGAUCAUGCUGCUCAAGAGACGGAUGCCUUUGAGCUCUUUUCUGAUUUUGGCUCUGAAGAGAUUGAUCUUGCUGCACAGGAAGAAGCAUUCAAUCGCUUCCAUCAAUCUGCACAAAACGCUCAGUCGGCGAAUCGACGUAGAAAGAGUGCAACACUCGAAGGAUUCUUGUCACAACGACCUGCGCAGCCACCACCUCCACAUGUUGUGGAUGUGCUCAUCUCUUCCUCGCCUGAUCGAUGGCCACCUUCAGGAGCACGUCCAAGACAGCCCGUCCAGCGGCUGCAGACUAUUCAGCCCCGAGCACCGCCUCUCCCGCCGGUCGACCUCAUGUCAUUGCCGGGUAUGCAACAUCCCUGGUCCAUGGAAGUCAAGACUGCAUUGACCACUGUGUUCAAACUGCAACAAUUUCGACCACAUCAGCUCGAUGCCAUCAAUGCAACACUCUCUGGACGUGAUUGUUUUGUGCUGAUGCCAACAGGCGGUGGCAAGUCGCUCUGCUAUCAACUUCCCUCGAUUGUCAAUGGCGGGGCGACUAGAGGCACGACGAUUGUUGUUUCACCACUCGUCAGUCUCAUGCAAGAUCAAGUCGAUCAUCUCAACGCUGUUGGAAUUCGCGCAGUAGCGUACAACAGUGACCGCUCUGCCUCUGAAAAGGCCGAUAUCCGACGCGAUCUAUUCGCAUCGGGUGAUGAAGCCAUCAAAUGUCUGUACGUCACGCCUGAACUUCUCGCCGUCAGCGACACCAUCAUUUCUACAUUCAAAAAGCUGCAUGAGCAACAGUCACUGGCGCGGAUUGUCAUUGAUGAGGCGCAUUGCGUCUCACAAUGGGGACAUGACUUCAGGCCAGACUACAAAAAGUUGGGUGACUUCCGUGCCGAAUUUCCAGGGGUACCGGUGAUUGCGUUGACUGCAACAGCGAAUGAUCGUGUUCAAGCGGAUGUCAAGCUCAAUCUUGGCUUGGAUCGACCGGCUUUCUUCAAGCAGAGUUUCAAUCGGCCGAACCUGGAGUAUCAAGUCAUUGUGCGCACGAAAGGAUCGAUUACCAAGCUACUCGAGUUGCUCAAUGGACCACACAAAGGUCAAGUUGGUAUUGUCUACUGUCUCUCAAAAAAGUCAUGCGAGGAGCUUUCCCAAAAGUUGCCAAACUCAGCCUACUACCACGCAGGCCUCGAUAAAGCUGAUCGCGCACAAGUUCAACGUGAUUGGCAAGCUGGCAAGGUUCGAAUCAUUGUUGCUACGAUUGCAUUUGGUAUGGGUAUUGACAAGUCUAAUGUACGAUGGGUGAUCCACUGGAGUUUACCAAAAUCACUCGAAGGUUACUAUCAAGAGACUGGUCGUGCUGGUCGAGAUGGCGAGCCUGCCAUGUGCUAUUUAUUCUGGACCUUUGCCGAUAAGCAACGAUUGACGCGUAUGAUUGAUGACCCUGCCUCGCCUGGUACGCGAGAACAAAAAGCUGCGCAAAAGCAAGGGAUACAGCGUAUGGUGGAUUAUGCCGAGAACAAGGCAGAUUGUCGACGUGCACAAGUCUUGGGCUUCUUCAGCGAACGCUUCGACCCGGCGCUAUGCAACAAGACGUGCGAUAAUUGUCAGUCAGGACAGGUCUAUUCAACUGUGGACGUUGCGGAAGCGGCGCGUCGAGCCAUGUUGGUUGUUCAGCAAAUCUUGAGCACGGACGAGGAUAAGGCAACCUUGCUUGAUUGUGCCAAUGUUUUUAUGGGUCGCAAAUUGAAGCGAUUGACUGAUAUGGGCUGGUGCAAUAUGCCCAGCUACAAUGGUAUUCGCCACCUCAAUAGCAAUUGCUGGGAUCAAACCAAUGUCGAGCGUUUAUUUCGGAUGUUGGAGUCUGAGGGUGCCAUUGGUGAGAAGCACAUCUCCAACAGGAUGGGAUUCACCAAUUCGUACGUCAAGCUUGGCAUGAAUGCCGGCAGGUUUUUGGAAGCCCGAGGACCUGUCAUGCUGCGCAUUCAGUCACCACGACAAUCUCGCAAGGACUCUACUGCUGAGCGCAACCAUGAUUUCAGUGAUAUUGAGGAAGCAGGUGAGCCGGCACAGCGUAAAGUGACUGGACGUGGGUCACCAAAACGUACAUCGCGGACAUCCCUGCAGAAUUUCUUGUACAAUGGACAGACUGCGGCAUCGUCAUCCAUGUCAUCUGCGUCUGGUGCUGCGACCAUUGCUGCAUCGGCACGCGCUGCGCAAGCUCCUGCAGCAAAGACGACAGCUGCUGCAAAGCCCCGUGCGCCCAUCACACGUGAAUCGAAUGAGCUUGCUCGAUUUGGACGUGUCUUGUCGGAUGAGGAACGCAGACUUGCAGUAUUGUGUCAUGCUGAGCUCAUCAAGGAGCGUGAUCGCAUCAAGAAGGAGCAGGAUCAUCGCUACUACACCACGACGUUUGACGAUGCACAGUUGUACGACUUCAGUGUCCGGUUGCCAGAGAAUAGUAUCGCGAUGAAGAAGAUUGUCAAUGUGCAAGCAAAGAAUGUUGACUUGUAUGGUCACUCCUUGUUGACCAUCUGCGACAAAUAUAAGAAGCAACUGAAACAGCUUUCGGGGGUUGCUCCUGCACCUGCAAAGAAGAACACAGCGACAGGAGCUGGUAAGGCUCGUGCAUCUGCAGCAAGCAGUGCAGUCUCGCGACGUGGGCAAGAGCGUCCAAAUUAUUCAGAGCCCAAUUUCAAUCAAGAAGCGGAAGAUGAUGCGAUGAACUAUGGGGACAUUCCGGAUGAUGUCGAUGAGCAAAUGACUGAGCAGUCGGGGCAUUUUGUGCCGCAGCAGCAUCAAGCAUAUCAGCAGCCUGACAGACGUUCGGAGAAGGCCAAGAGCGCAUCGCAGAGUUUCUCGAAGCGUAAGGGGCGAGGUGGAUACAGCAAGGGGUCAUCAGGUGGACGCAAGUCUGGGGGGAGCAAGGGCGGUGGUGGUCGUGUGAGCAAGGCAGCUGGGUCGUCGUCCCUCUUUGGUGCUGCGUGUGCGCGGUGAAUGUGCGUCAUUUUCUAUGGCGGCGAUGCGCUGGGUGACUGGGUGCAGAUAGAAGCGUAUGGAAGGUGUCUAUAGCAGUCUUCUGCCAUCCUCGUCGAUUGUCUACUCUAUAUUAGCUCAGCUAAGUACCCAAGC